CUUGGAUCAACGCAGCUCAACUCAACUCAACCCAACCCAACCCGAUCUCCUUGCAUCCUGACACUGGCCUGAUCCAAGAACCCCAUUCGCAGCCGCGUGCAUCCCGUUCCUGCCCUCCACCCGAAGCGAAAGGAUGGACGGUCCCCAAGCAAAGCUCCAGCUCCACCGCGACCACCCAACGAAAGCGGGCAGAAGGAGAUAUACGCCGUAGGGACCAUCACGGCCAUCCCCAUUGCUCCGGCAUGGAGAUUCGCCCCCGUCGCUCGCUUUCCCGAUCCCUGAAGUUCUCAAGGUGAUCGCCUCCUGUCUGCUUCUCUCCGUGAAAUUCCUCCUCAUCUCUCCCCCGACCGACCAUGUCCUCAAGCCCUGAUCCCGCCCGCAGUAGCGUUCGGCUGGACCGAGCUAUCUUCAAUCCCGGAGCUGUCAAGAUCAACGUCAAAGGUGCCUUCAUCGUCGACGAAGAUCCUCGGUCCAAAAGUCCUGUCAGGACCGAUGGCGUGCAUUACGAAGGCCACGAUAUUCGCCUGCCUCAUCACACCGGCAUAGUGAGCCAUGUCGCCGUCGAUAUUGGCGGUUCGCUGGCAAAAUUGGUCUACUUUACUCGAGAGCUGGACUCCCCCGACAAUGGCGGCCGAUUAAACUUCAUCAACUUCGAGACCCACCGCAUAGACCUGUGCAUCGAAUUCAUCAAGGAGCUGAAGGAGGAGCAUGAAAAGGCCAAUGGCCCGUCUCCGGAUCAGCUCUGCGUGGUUGCGACCGGAGGUGGGGCCUAUAAAUAUUACGACAAAUUGAAGGAGGCGUUGCAAGUGAACAUAAUCCGCGAGGACGAGAUGGAGUGCUUGAUAACCGGUCUCGACUUCUUCAUUACCGAAAUCCCCAACGAAAUCUUUACCUACAGUGAAAUCGAGCCGAUGCAGUUUGCCGAGGCCCGACCGGACGUCUAUCCGUACCUAUUAGUCAACAUCGGUUCCGGCGUCUCCAUGAUCAAAGUGUCCGGCCCCAAACAAUACCAGCGUGUGGGAGGAACCCACCUGGGUGGUGGAACAUUCUGGGGGAUUAUGUCUCUGCUGACCGGGGCUCGGACCUUCGACGAGAUGCUGGCUAUGGCCGACCAGGGCGACAAUAGCGGCGUUGAUAUGCUGGUCGGGGACAUCUACGGAAUGGACUAUAACAAGAUCGGACUGAAGAGUACGGCGAUCGCCAGCACGUUUGGAAAGGUGUUUCGGCUGAAGAGUGCCGCCGAGCAGGAGUCGGGUACCGAAGGGGAUGAGGCGGAUGAGGAAAGCGAGCAGACGAAUGGGGAUGUCACAUUCAAGAAUGAAGACAUGAGCCGCAGUCUACUUUACGCGAUCAGUAACAACAUCGGACAAAUUGCCUAUCUCCAAUCGGAGAAGCAGCAAGUCAAACACAUCUAUUUCGGAGGCUCGUUUAUUCGCGGCCACCGACAGACCAUGAACACGCUAUCCUACGCCAUUCGAUUCUGGUCCAAGGGCGAGAAACAAGCCUAUUUCCUGCGCCACGAAGGGUACAUCGGUGCCGUCGGCGCCUUUCUACGCAGAAAACCCGUUAACUGGGGCCGUCGCAACAGCAUCGACGGCGCCUCGGUCUAAUUUCCCGGAUACCCAACCAUCCUUAAUAGAAGCAUCUACGACUGCAUGCCCAUCCCCAUGCGCUUGUGAUAACCCAGGGCCAGCCUAACUCCUGGCCCAUUGAUACCCGUUGAAUUUCAACCAUCUGGUGCACAUUAGACCGAAAAUAUUGCUUUUGAUCUGGUUGGAUGUCUGUCGUUCUGGUCUGAAACACGAGCCAUGUACCAGUUAUCAUAUUUGAGCGUUUUGUACAUUUCAAAUUAUAUUACCUUUUGUCUAAUAUUUCUUUGUCCGAUGUUUCGGCUGUUGGUUCCGGCUCCGGAUCGUCUGGAGCCAAGGCAAUAUAGAUGCUCUAUGAACG